AUGAAUCCGCCAUUGCUGAAGCUCGCGUUCGUGCAGGGUCCAAGAGAAGGCGAAUCUGUAGAGUACAAGCCCGGAUCCACUAUCCGGAUUGGCCGAAUCGUUCGUGGUAAUGAAAUCGCCAUUAAAGACGCCGGAAUCUCCACCAAGCACCUCCGGAUCGUCUCCGAUUCCGAGAAGUGGAUAAUCCACGACCUAGGAUCUUCCAACGGCACCAUACUGAACUCGGACACUCUCCACCCAGAUAAACCCCACAUUCUUCGCCAUGGAGACGUAAUCAAGCUUGGUGAGUAUACUUCCUUUGUCGUCAACUUAGAGACUGAUGUUCAGGAGCAGCAUAAGCUUCCUCCCAGGCCAAGGAGGAACAACAGGCGUCUGGCUGUUGCGGAUCCGGAUCCGGAUCCGGUUGUUCCUGUUGAGUCGGUUCAGGAGAACCGAAAGCGCAAGGGCAGACCUUCGAAGCAAGAGGAACAUCAAGUGCCCAAGAGAAGUAGGGAAACGAGAAGUAAAACCCUGGAAGAAGAAGAAGCGCCGGAGGAGAAAAAGGGCAACAACUCAAGGGCUCGGGGAGGUAAGAAGAAGACUGAGAAUUUGGGUUUGAACUCAAUCAAAUUGGAAAUUGAGGAUACCCCAAAGGGAGUGGAAGUCUCAGCCAUGAAGAGACCGACAAGAAGCAGGCAGGUUGAAAAACCCUGUCUCGGAUUGGCGAAUGUAAAGAGUGAGGAUAGUGUUGUGGAGGAGAAGGUAACUUGUGCAAGGGCUACCAGAAGCAAGAGGAAAGAAAUUGGUGGAGAUUCUUUCUUGGAUUUGGAGAUGGUCCUGAACCAAGCCCGGAAGAGCCGUGCAAAGAAGAAGAAAAUGGAGCACAAGAGCGUAGUAGUAGAAGAGAUGGAAGACAGAAAUGAUGAGGUUGAAGAAGAAGAUAAGGAAAAUGAAAAGGAUGUUGAAGCUCAGAAAGAAGAAGAUGAUGAUGGAUCCAAGAGGGUGGAGAUUGAGUCAAGGAAGAGCACAUUAGGAGAAGAGGACCUGAACUGUGCUGUUAGAGAAGACGGAGAGACAGACGAAUUACAAGAUACAAUCGACGACGAGGGAAGAGACCGUAAGAGCGAGGAGGCUGGUAUCGAGACAUCAGACGGUGGUGGAUGUGAUGAUGAGGAAAAGGCUGAGCAGGAAUCCAGCAAUAAGAGUGUUGUAGACAAGGUAGAGGUUGAUUUUGGGAAAAUGUCAUUUAGAGGAUGGUUUAGAUUCACGGAGGUUAACCUGGGAAAACAGACAGUGGAGGAGACAGAGAAGAUAAUAGAGUCCAUGAGAAGUAAAUCUCUGAGAGUUCACAAGCAUAUUGCAGAGCAGAAGCAAGCAAAGGGAAAUGGGAGUGUGAGUUAAAAAAAUAUAUGACAUAGUUAAGAUCACCCCCACCCCUGAGAAUACUAUGUUCGAGAUUGUGCUAGGAACCACUACUAGUUGGAGUUUCUUCUUCAUUAUAUAAAAUAAUAUCAUGUGACUGUAA